AUGCAUCCAAAUUCUAAACGCAUGCAUUUGCCGCCGCCGGCUUCCCCGUCCUCCAUCGCCGUCUUCCCCGCGCAGUGCCUCUGCCGGGGCCUCGCGGCCGACCGCUUUGUCGCCUGCUCGCUCGUCAGAUCCUAUGGCCGAGCUGGCGGUCUCCCGCGUGACGCAGGCAAGGUGUUCGAUGAAAUGGGGAGUCCCGAUCUGGCCUCCUCUAAUGCCAUGCUUGACGUGGUGUGCCUCGCCGGGGAUCUGGACACGGCUAGACAUUUCUUUGAGCGGAUGGUGAUGAGGGAUGUGGUGUCGCGGACCACAUUAAUCUCGGGGUUAUCGAGGAAUGGGUGCCACUGGGAUGCUGUGGAGGCGUUUAGGGGAUUGUUGGUGCACAACAAGGGAUGGCUCGGUGAGGCUACGUUGGUCAGCGUGCUCUCUGCUUGUGCUAACUUGGAUGCCGCUGAGGGGCUUGUGGUGGGGAUGGCUAUGCAUGCUUAUGUUUUUCGGCAUGAGGUUGACCUCACAGUAUUCUUGGGCACGGCACUGAUUGACAUUUAUGGAAAGUACAGGAAGAUGGACUGUUGCAGGAGAGCUUUUCAGGCCGUACUUGAGAAGGAGGUAUGCACGUGGAAUGCACUGCUGUCUGCAUUGGCUAAACAUGGGAAGGAAACUGAAGCGUUGGUUAAGUUUAACAUGAUGAUUGUUGGAGGGUUCUUGCCGAAUCAGAUUACAUUUCUUGCUAUACUGACAGGUUGUGCUAGAGCAGGAUUGCUAGAGCUUUUCUUUGCCUUUUUUUCUCCUAUUGGUUAUCGCUCCUUUUCUUUUGCUGCAGACAUGGCGGGGGAUGGGAGCAGCAGGGUGGGGGACGGCACAACGCAGGCAGCAGCAGGAGAGGCGGCGGCGGCGGCGGGGGAUGGGAGCAGCAGGGUGAGGGACGGCCGCAACGCAGGCAGCAGCAGCAGAGGCGGCGGCGGCGGCGGGGGAUGGGAGCAGCAGAGGUGGUGGCGGCGGCGGCGGCCGGUGCCGGCAAUGGACCCGGCGGGGGCACCGUCGUGGCGGCAGUGGCGGCGCCCGGCACAGGCGGGACGGGAGUGGGUGGGGAAGUGA